UCCACCCUGACACAUCUCAGCUUGUCCAGCUCCCUCGCCCAUCCACGGGAAUUACUAGUUUAUGGCGGACAGGAGCGCUCGAUGGGGAAGAAGUGCGUCAGGCCGCGCCCGCAAGACGCCUGUCAGGGUCUACAAGAGCUCCUCAGAUGUCGGGGGCCCCGAGGGUCCGUGUGGCUCCAACCCGGUUCCCAACGGCCGGCUGCCAUCGCCCGGCAUCAGCAUUUUGGACCGACUCAUUAAAACCUGCCCGGUGUGGCUGCAGCUGUGCAUGAGCACCAAGCAAGCGGCGACAAAUCCCACCUGCCGCACAGGCAGUGAUGUCAUUGAUGACAUCCUCCCUAUGACCCUCCAGCUGGAGGAAGAGUCUGCAGGAGCUUACAAUCUCCUGGUCACUCGCGAUGUGGACACCAAGUGUAUGGUCCUCUGGGUGCGCUCCUCCGAGCACAAGGACCCCGCCGACGUCCUUCGUUACAACAUCCGGGAAGAGAAAACAAUGAUGCAUUUGGAGGGCUCCUUCCUGCUGUUUGAAAAUAUUUUUAAACUGGUCGGAUUUUUCUGCGUCAGCCGCCCGAAUGUCAUAUCCAAAGCCCGGACCCUGCAGGACCUGGAAACCCUCUCCAACCUUGGGUCAGGAUUCUGGGACUCUUCCAUAAGAGACAAAAGAGGCGCGCUCAUUUCCCAACCCGAUAAAUUGGGUUCUUGUGGCCGUCUGCGGAGUGGAGACGUCUCGGAUGAACCAAGGGACUGUGCCUGUGAAAUCGAGCUGUCAGCUGGCAGUGGCAGGCUGUGGUUUGUGAACCCUAUUUUUAUCGAGGAGUGUGGCAACGCUCAGACCUUUGAUAAACUUCCUCUUCCUAACUGUGUCGCAAAGGCCGAGGUUCAGCUCCCUAAAGUUGUUUACAGGAGACCUCCUCCUCCACCGCCUCCUUCGUUACCUAAGCCUCCACUUCCGUCUGUUCCUCCUUCUGCGCCUCCCUCUGAUUAUAUACAGCCACAGUCCCAGUCACCAACAUUAGGUUCUCCUACGGUUGCCUCUCCUGCAUCUCCAAGCUCCUCUGACACCAGCUUGAUUUCUCCGUCUCAAACCGAACCUCUACUCCUGUCUUCUCCUUGCGAAGCUCCUUCAGAUGAGCCGGUUUCACGAUGUUCCUCGACUAAUUUAUCUUCAGAUGAACAUCUUGCUUUGAAUCCUGCUUUGGACGAUUCCCCAGCUGAUCAUUCUGUGUCUUCCCCAUCUUCUUCUGUUGCUCCUCCAGUGGAACAUAUAACUUCUUCUGUUGCUCCUCCAGUGGAACAUAUAACUUCUUCUGUUGCUCCUCCAGUGGAACAUAUAACUUCUUGUUGUUCUGGUGACCCGCCAUCUUCUGAUACUAACCCUUCAGAAUCUGAAUUUCCUCCUACUUCUAACGUUGCUCCUCCAGUGGAACAUUUAACACUAUGUUGUUCUGGUGACCCGCCAUCUUCUGAUACUAACCCUUCAGAAUCUGAAUUUCCUCCUACUUCUAACUCUUCACCAACUGAAACUUCUAGUCCUGCAAGUAAGACGGACAUCUCUCAUUCCUCAUCCGCUGCUCCAACCUUAAGCCAGCCAGAAAACUCUUUUGAGGGGUCUUCCACCAUUGAGGGGUCUACAGUCGCCGAUGAUCAUAUUAUCGAGAAGCCUUCUCCACAGUCCCAGUCACCAACAUUAGGUUCUCCUACGGUUGCCUCUCCUGCAUCUCCAAGCUCCUCUGACACCAGCUUGAUUUCUCCGUCUCAAACCGAACCUCUACUCCUGUCUUCUCCUUGCGAAGCUCCUUCAGAUGAGCCGGUUUCACGAUGUUCCUCGACUAAUUUAUCUUCAGAUGAACAUCUUGCUUUGAAUCCUGCUUUGGACGAUUCCCCAGCUGAUCAUUCUGUGUCUUCCCCAUCUUCUUCUGUUGCUCCUCCAGUGGAACAUAUAACUUCUUCUGUUGCUCCUCCAGUGGAACAUAUAACUUCUUCUGUUGCUCCUCCAGUGGAACAUAUAACUUCUUCUGUUGCUCCUCCAGUGGAACAUAUAACUUCUUCUGUUGCUCCUCCAGUGGAACAUAUAACUUCUUCUGUUGCUCCUCCAGUGGAACAUUUAACACUAUGUUGUUCUGGUGACCCGCCAUCUUCUGAUACUAACCCUUCAGAAUCUGAAUUUCCUCCUACUUCUAACUCUUCACCAACUGAAACUUCUAGUCCUGCAAGUAAGACGGACAUCUCUCAUUCCUCAUCCGCUGCUCCAACCUUAAGCCAGCCAGAAAACUCUUUUGAGGGGUCUUCCACCAUUGAGGGGUCUACAGUCGCCGAUGAUCAUAUUAUCGAGAAGCCUUCUGCGGAAAUGACAAUCAGCAAUUUGGAAGAAAAUAAAGAAAUUUCAGGAAAUGAUGUGUUUCCUGGAAAUGAUCUGCUUCCAGGAGCAUCUCCUAUUCGGACUCCAGUUCGCGUCCCACCCGCCGUCCCAAAAAGGAGACCUUCUGGGAAAGUCCCAGAUAAUGCAUCCAAUGUUUUUUCUGUAACGCACGAUCCACGGCAGAAACCAACAUCUCCUGAGCUAAAGAACGAUAAGCCAAAAGUUAAGCCACUGGUGAAACAAGCAGAGGAUCGGAGAGGAAGCAAUGAAAACCUACAACAGAAGAAGGUUGGCUCUCCUGGACAUCCACGAAAAACACCUGCAGACGGAAAGAAAUUGCCUCCCGUCCCGCCACCGCGAUUGAAGAAAUUGUCCUCUAAAGAUUCCUCUGCAGCAGCUGGCCAGCAGAAACCAGAUCUCCACCACCCCUCCAAGAAUCCUGAAACCCACAACAACGUCGGCAACGUCAAAAUCCGGGACAAAAAAGAACGGCAAAAAAGUUCCACAUCCCAAGAUCUAAAGGAUUCAGAUUCAUCUUUGAAUUCGCCGAGGAGUGGACCAAAUACCCCAUCGUCCAAUCCGGAGGUAGAUUCCACCUCUACCAGCAGCACCGAAGAAGACGGCGACAGACUUACCGGCGCCUCCAUCAAGAAGUCCCAUUCAUUUAUGCUGAACAGGGCGAAAAACAGGCUGUCCAUCGUGGCCAUCACCAACGUCUUCUCGGCGUUUAUGUCUGCCGACCGGAAGCUGCAGAAGAGGAUUGCCGAAAUGGCUCAUGACAAAGACUCGUACUUUGGGAAUCUGGUUCAGGAUUAUAAAGCCUACAGUUUGGAGAUGAUGGCCAAGCAGAGCUCCAGCACCGAGAUGCUGCAGGAGAUACGGCUUAUGAUGACCCAGCUGAAGAGUUAUCUGGUUCAGAGCACUGAGCUGAAGUCCAUAGUGGAUUAUAAUCUAUACACGGAUGAUAAAAUAGACGCCAUUGUGGAGGCGGCGCUGUGCAAGUGCGUCUUGAAGCCGCUCAAGGCCCCCAUCGAAUGUUACCUCCGGGAGAUCCACAACAAGGACGGCUCGAUGAGACUUCUGACCGAGAACCAGCUGGUCAUCCAGGACACGACCUCCACCGACCUGGGCAUCAGCACCAGCGUGCCAGACAGCGGCGUGAUGGAGAAGAUUAUCCACAAGUUCAGCACCAUGCACAAGACCUACUCACCAGAGAAGAAGAUCACCUACCUGCUGAAGGCAUGCAAGCUCAUCUACGACUCCAUGGCCACCGGGAACCCAGGGAAGCCACACGGAGCCGACGACUUUCUCCCGGUUCUCAUGUAUGUCCUGGCCCGCUGCGACCUCGUGGCCCUUCUCCAGGACGUGGAGUAUAUGAUGGAGCUGAUGGACCCUUCGUUGCAGCUGGGAGAAGGCUCCUAUUACCUGACCACCACCUACGGGGCUGUGGAGCACAUCAAGAACUACGAUAAGAUCACAGUGACCCGGCAGCUCAGCCUGGAGGUGCAAGACUCCAUCCAUCGCUGGGAAAGAAGACGGACGCUGAACAAGGCCAGGGUGUCUCGCUCCUCCAUACAGGACUUCAUCACCAUCUCCUUCGAAGAGCUGGACGUGAACACGAGGACCUUGGCCACCAAGCCAGACACGAGGGUCGCCCAGGUGCUCCAACAGUGCGUGGAAAAAUUUGAGGUGUCCGAGCCCCACAAAUACGGCCUCUUCGUCCUCAUCAACGAACAAUUCUACCGCCUCGCCGAGGACGCGUUACCGCAGCAGGUGAAAUCCCGCCUGCUGAAGAACGAGCAAAAGUUGGACUUCCACUUCCUGUAUAAGACCGCAGGGGAGGAAGACACGCCAAUGAAGGACCUUCAUUUCCUCUAGCCGCCUCACGACGGGAUGGGCUGCCACCAUACAGAACGU